CGCUGGAGAUAUCACACAAGACUGGAUUAUUAUUCUUUUUAUUGAUAUUUUCCCUUGUUUGCAGACAUGGAUUUUGUCAACCACAACUACUUGAGCGCGCGUCGGUCGUACGACUACACCUUUAACUUCUGGAACGACUACCUGGGCCUGACCACCCUGGUCACCAAGAACCACGCGCUAAGUAUGCCCCAGAGGAGCCCCAACUCCAUCACAGAGUCCCUGAAGGCCACGCUGGGUCUGGACGACACUCCCGAGUGCGCAUGCGCCAUCGCCGGAGCCAUGGGCGACAGCAUCCCGCUGGACUGCUGCUGCCCGCCCGGAACCCCUCCGCCGGGCUCCAUCCUAGACCUGAAGGAGCGGUUCUCCAUCCUGAGCCCCUUCCAGAAGCAGCUGCCGGGGCGGGAGGCGCACGGGUGCCUGGCGGGAGGCUUGGCGGGUUUCGAGCUGCUCGGCGCGGAGCGCAGGACGCGUAAGCCCUCCGCCAAGGCCAAGCAGGAGCCCAAAAUCUGCGUGUUCUGCCGGAACAACGGCGCCCCGGAGGAGGUGUACGGCUCGCACGUCCUCAAGACCCCCGACGGCCGGGUGGUGUGCCCCAUCCUCAGGGCGUACACCUGCCCCCUUUGCAGCGCCAACGGGGACAACGCGCACACCAUCAAGUACUGCCCCCUGUCCAAGGACCAGCCCCCCCACAGGCCGCUCAAGGGGGGUAAGAGGAUGCGAAUCUUCUAGAAGCAGACUUUCAAUUGCAUCAAUUGCACUGAACGAUUCCCCAUCAUGUGUCAGAUAGAUUUCAUAUAUUUUUAUACUUCAUUUAUACUUUUUACUUUCCCACACGGGUGUAGAAAUACACCGUAUAGAAGGUCAGCUUUCUAUUUUUAUAUCUUUUUCCUUCUUACAAAACCAAAGUUUUGUUCACCAUUUCAAAAAAAGGGUGAAGUGUCCACUAGCAGUCCCCCCCUCCCUAAAAAGGAACAUUUGUGCCCUGAUGUUAACAUUCCAUCUGAGAGGCAAAGUUGACCUUUUUUUUUUCAUUAACAACACUCUAGAUGGAUUCUUUGUUUCCUUGUCACGCUUUGCUUUUUCUUUGCAUUUCCACUCCAAGACAAGCAAAUGAAUGUUAAAACACACGCCGGUUGUAAUCCCAAAUAAUCCAUGAGAAUGUAUAACGCUGACACGGCAGUUUAGUUGACCAAAGCAUCCGUUGUGUCAUUCAGUAUUCCAACCUUUGAAAAAAAGUGACCUCACCCCCCCCCGCCCCCCCCUUUUGUACUUGUAUGUAAAAAACACUUUAUUGAUAUAGUGCCAUUUAUAAUGAGGGUUUUUGAUAGUAUUUGUAUCUACUUGUACUUGUGUUCCAUUUAACACCAUUGUAUGUAAAUAUACUCAAUAUACUUUUUAACUCCUUGCAAGAGAGCAAAUCUACUGAAGAAUAAAUGACUUUGUUUGAGUAAAUGAAGAUGAGAUAAUGAAACCUUGUUAUUUAUAUUUGCUGCUGUGCAGAAUAACAUGAAGAGAAAUAAACAUAUGGAAUAUUU